UUAUUACUAUUAAAAAGAUAUAAUUAAAUUUACUUCUGCAUGUACAGAAAAAGGCAUUUCAACAGUUUCCAAAAACUUGUGCACGUUUACCUACUGAAAGGAAGUCUAACAGGUAAUGGGAGUUUGAGUAUAUAUAGUACAAAGGACACAGUUUUUUUCCACUCUUCAAGUACCAAAUCCUGAAACCUAAUCCGUGAGUUGGAGAUUUCACAAAAUGGGUAGCUUCUCCCAAGUUGCAAAGGCUUGCAGAACUAUGAAAUUUUUUGUUGUUCAAGACCCAGUCAAACGAUUGGCGAUUAAAAGGAGGAUGAAGCAAAGAUCGAAGAUGUUGCGGAUGAGUUUGAAGACGAAGAAAGAGCGGAUUACCAAGUUGUGCACUGAGUGGGCUUUGCAUGUGAUGGAUGGUGUUGCAUGCGCCUGGCAAAGGGGAAGUAAGAUUCAGAACAUAGCAGGGGUGUGGCAGGAUGAGAUGCUUGGAAUCAGGUGGUCGGGGAAGCAUCAGGAAUUGAGGGGUGGCUUGAGGUUCGCUGUACUUGAAGACGUGGAUUUUUUAACGGAUGUUCUGGGAAGUGUUGGACUGGAGAUAAACCCCAGAAUGAUAGAAAUAUCGAACUCAGUGUAUAUUGGGAAUUUUUUCUUUGAAAAUGAAAGAGAAUGGAUGAUAUGGACAGAGUUGGUGGAGAAGCUGAAAAGAAUGGGUUAAAGAAUAUGUGUUGUUGGGUAUUGAUGGCUAUGGUGAAUGAAGAAGUGCAAAGUUUUGGAAGAACAGUAGAUUGUUUUGGAUGAUGUUGUUGGGCUUUUUUUUUUUUCUAUUUCAGUUGUAUGUGG